CGACGCACGCAUCCAUUGAGUUUAUUACACACCAUUAUCUUAUAUAAAUUUGAGCGAUUCUAACAAAACAAGCACGGUGAAGCAAAAGAGAAUGGCAUCCCCUUCACAGGAAAACUCUAUUUCCUUCAACACCGAUUUCUGUUUGCAAUUGGCAUACAGAGUUCUUGAGAAACAACUUGAAAAGGGUUCUAAUUUCGUGUCAUCUCCACUUUCUCUUCACAUAAUAUUGAGCAUUGUUGCUGCUGGAUCACAAGGAAAAACCUUAGAGCAGCUUCUUUCAUUUCUGGGAUCAGAGAGUAAAGACGAUCUGAAUUCAGUGUCUUCACAACUUAUUUCUAGCUUAAGGCAUGUUGAGGGCACUGAAAGUGGAGGUCCGAUUCUGUCCUUUGUUAAUGGCGCUUGGGUGGAAAAAACGUUUGGUUUGAAGACUAGUUAUGAAGAGGUAGUCAAAAAUAGUUACAGAAGCCAAAUUGAAGUGGCUGACUUCAUAAACAAGGCUGAUAAAGUUGCAGAAGAAGUGAACUCAUGGGUUGAAAAUGCAACUAAGGGACUCAUAAGGGAGAUUCUUCCAUCAGGUUCCAUAGAUCAGGAAACAAAGCUACUUCUUGCCAAUGCACUGUAUUUCAAAGGAGCAUGGGACAGUGAGUUUGAUCAAAACAUGACAAGAACCAGAAGUUUCAAUCUUCUCAACGGGCAGAUUGUACGAGUUCCCUUCAUGACCUCCGAGAGAAAUGAAAAAUAUUAUUACAGAUCAUAUGAAAAUUAUAAAGUACUCACCAUUCCUUACCAAAGUGGUAGCAACCCUUUGAAGUUUGCCAUGUAUUUCUUUCUUCCUCAUGAGAAGGAUGGCUUACCAAAUUUAAUUCACACUUUAAGCUCGAACCCCAGAUUUUUAAAUAAAAAAUUUAAACUGCGGAAAGAGAAAUUUUCAAAAUUUUGGAUCCCAAGGUUUAAAUUUUCCUUCAACUUGAAAGCCACAGAGGACAUGGAAGAAUUGGGACUAACCUUGCCUUUCACUGCUGGGGAGCUAACAGAAGUAUCAGAUUCUUCAUCCAGUAACGAGCUUUAUGUUUCGAAUAUUCUGCAAAAGGCAUUUGUUGAAGUUAAUGAGGAAGGAACAGAAGCUGUAGCCAGCACAGCAGCUAUGAUUACGUUGACCUCUUAUGUCAGGCCGCGCCUGCGAAGCUUUGUGGCUGACCAUCCCUUCAUGUUCAUGAUAAGGGAAGAGACUUCAAGGGCGGUGUUCUUCAUUGGAGCAGUGCUUAACCCCUUGAAUUCUUAAGCAAAGCACUAAUAAGAUACUUAUAGUGAGAAUGAGUGGUGGUGUGUUUUAUAAUCUAUAUAUGAUAGGUAAAGAAUAAAUAAUAAGUAGUUUAGUUAGUUAGAUUCUGCAAGACUAUAUGAUAAAGGAGCCUACAUAAGGGAUCCCAAGUGUGAGUCAGAUGCUGUGCUUAAUUUGAAUCAAAAAUAUUGUUCAGUCU